UUGUCCUGAUAACAACAGAAUUGUUAUUCAGGAUUGAAUCAAUCUGUACGUCGAAUCAAUCGAAGUUUUUCUUUUUUGAUGUGACGAUCACAAUAUUCGAACGGAUUAAUUUUUUUUCGGUUGCGUUUGUUCGGUCUAUUUAAAUAUUUAAACAGUGAAAAAAGGAAUCAAAGUCGCGCGAAAAUUUUGAAAUUUUAAAUUUUUGAAAACUUGCUGUUGGUGUUUCAUAAGCAGUCAAUGUACAUCGACAACGGCAAGCGAUCGUGUGUGUUUAGUUUAUCGUUCAUAAAUUUGAUAAGUUUCCGAUAACAAUGUCAACUGCCUUCUUAGUCGAUAAUAUCCUUAAUGAUAAAGAGGAACGCACCGAAUCGCUAUCAUCUGAUACGGAAUCGGACACCACAUCUGAUAUUAAAGAUUCCGUGUGCGGUUCACCGCGUAACGAUCAUCUGCCAAAUGGUGAUGACAAAAUUAACAUAUCGGAAAGUUUGCUAAGGACAUACGCUAUGAUAAGGAAUAGUGGACAUCAUAUCGGAAUUGAUGAAAUGUGUUGUGCAAAGUGUGGUCAUUUUCAGAUAACGAAACGGGGAGGAUAUGAGGAUACCGACAUUGACUUGGAUUUUAAAUGUGAUAAAUGUGGUGGAUCGGAGGCAAUUAACACAAAGGAAACCAUUCUGAAGGACAGUGUUAAGCCGAUAUUGAAAUUUAGUGUGUCGGCGAUAUUAGGUGAUAAAAAGGAUUGCGUUAAAGUUAGGAAUGAAUUCAUUCAACCACAACACAUUUGGCCUUAUAUACAACAUAAUUUUAUUCAACAAUCACAAAUCCAAUCCCACGGAUAUCACAUAAACAACAAUAGUCACCACAACAACAUUUCGCCGACCAACAACAAUCCCAGCGAAAUAGACAAUCUAUCCAAUGGAUCACAACCGGGCUCCGAAUUACAGGACGACAAUCGGCUGCAUCCGAGAGAUAAGCAAUUGAUUGCAAAACCGUUAGCUAGUCGACCCACUCCUUUUAUCCAUCAUGGCAUCAAUCAUCCCCAUUUGCAUUCAUUGCUGGCACAUUGUCGUAAUCCGUAUAUGGCAGCGGGCGGUCCUCAAGUGUUUCCAUUGCCGCCAGGACAAGGCUUUCCGUGGGCCCAUUCAACGCGAGGGAAACCGCGUAGGGGAAUGAUGCGACGAGCUGUAUUUUCUGAUUCACAGAGAAAAGGACUGGAAAAAAGGUUUCAAAUGCAGAAGUACAUUAGUAAACCGGAUCGAAAGAAACUGGCCGAACGUUUAGGACUGAAAGAUUCACAGUCGAACCGAAAAACUAUCAUAUGAAUGUCGAACCACAAUCAAAUGCACUUGAAAACAACAAUACGACCUCGACAUAAUAUUUUCUCAGAAGAAUGAUGCUCCGCCUCGGAAAGAAAAAAAAAAUCCCUUUUAUUUAACAGUGAAAAGCGCCUCCCAGCAUCUUAUUUGCGCAGUCGCCUUUUGUGUAUUGUUAUAUUGCAACCCUUAAGUUGUA